GGGCGGCGGUUGCCCGGAUGGGCCGUUAGUCGGAGCCCAGCCGCGGAGUGAGCGAGGGAGACGGGAGGAGCCGAGCGCGGCGCCAUCCGCCGCCAUCCGCCCCCGCCCCGCCGCCAUCCGCCCGGGGAAGCCUCUGAGCCCGGGUCCCGGACCCCCACGCACCCGGCCAGGCACCGGCUCGUUUUGGGGGAGGUGCCUGCAGGACCCAACGUACUCAAUGAGCUUCCAGCGCAAUGUCCGAUCGCUCGGGGCCGACUGCCAAGGGGAAGGAUGGAAAGAAGUAUUCCUCGCUCAACCUGUUUGAUACGUAUAAGGGCAAGUCCUUAGAGAUCCAGAAACCCGCUGUUGCCCCUCGACAUGGCCUGCAGAGUCUCGGAAAAGUUGCCAUUGCCCGGCGUAUGCCACCCCCAGCCAACCUUCCAAGCCUGAAAGCCGAGAACAAAGGCAAUGAUCCCAAUGUCUCACUAGUGCCGAAAGACGGAACAGGAUGGGCAAGCAAACAGGAGCAGUCCGACCCCAAGAGUUCCGAUGCCUCAACCGCUCAGCCGCCGGAAUCGCAGCCACUGCCGGCUUCACAGACGCCUGCCUCCAACCAGCCGAAACGACCCCCAACAGCCCCCGAGAAUACUCCUUCGGUUCCAAGCGGGGUAAAGUCCUGGGCACAAGCCAGUGUCACCCAUGGAGCCCAUGGAGAUGGUGGAAGGGCAUCAAACCUACUGUCGCGAUUCUCUCGAGAGGAAUUUCCGACCCUGCAGGCGGCUGGAGACCAGGACAAGGCUGCCAAGGAAAGGGAGUCUGCCGAACAGUCGUCUGGGCCCGGACCAAGCCUCCGCCCCCAAAAUUCUACAACUUGGAGGGACGGAGGUGGGCGUGGCCCUGAUGACCUGGAGGGCCCGGACUCCAAACUUCAUCAUGGCCAUGAUCCCCGGGGUGGGCUGCAGCCUUCAGGCCCACCCCAGUUCCCUCCCUACCGCGGGAUGAUGCCGCCCUUUAUGUAUCCCCCAUAUCUCCCAUUCCCUCCACCCUAUGGACCCCAGGGGCCUUACAGAUACCCGACUCCUGAUGGGCCCAGCCGUUUUCCCCGUGUGGCGGGCCCCCGGGGCUCAGGGCCACCAAUGCGCCUUGUAGAGCCUGUGGGUCGGCCUUCUAUUCUUAAAGAGGAUAAUCUCAAAGAGUUUGACCAACUGGACCAGGAAAAUGAUGAUGGUUGGGCAGGGGCCCAUGAAGAGGUUGACUAUACUGAAAAGCUCAAAUUCAGCGAUGAGGAAGAUGGACGAGACUCCGACGAGGAGGGACCUGAGGGCCACAAGGAUUCCCAGUCAGCUGCUGCUGAGGAACCUGAGACAGAUGGCAAAAAGGGCACCUCCCCUGGCAGCGAAUUGCCCCCUCCCAAGACAGCCUGGACAGAGAACUCUCGGCCUUCAGAGACAGAGCCAGCUCCUCCUAUCCCAAAGCCUCCCCCACCUCCACCUCACCGGGGGCCAGUUGGGAACUGGGGCCCCCCUGGGGACUAUCCAGAUCGAGGGGGUCCUCCCUGCAAACCCCCAGCACCUGAGGAUGAGGAUGAGGCUUGGCGGCAGCGUCGGAAGCAGUCUUCCUCAGAGAUCUCCCUGGCAGUGGAACGGGCCCGAAGGCGCAGAGAAGAGGAAGAGCGGCGCAUGCAGGAGGAGCGCCGGGCAGCCUGUGCUGAGAAACUUAAGCGUCUUGAUGAAAAGUUUGGGGCGCCUGACAAGCGGCUCAAGGCAGAGCCUGCAGCCCCACCUGUUACCCCUGCUGCCCCAGCUCUACCACCUGUAGUCCCCAGAGAAAUCCCUACACCUCCAGCUCUGCCACCAACACCAGAGAAAGACCCUGAAGAGCCAGCACAAGCCCCUCCUGUGCAGGCUGCCCCCAGUCCAGGGGUGGCUCCAGUUCCCACUCUGGUGAGUGGGGGUGGUGGCACUGCCAGCAGCACCAGCAGUGGCAGCUUCGAAGCCAGCCCAGUGGAACCCCAACUGCCUUCAAAAGAGGGUCCUGAACCACCAGAAGAGGUUCCUCCACCUACCACACCCCCAGCCCCAAAAAUGGAACCCAAAGGUGAUGGGGUUGGUUCUACUCGCCAGCCCCCCAGUCAGGGCUUGGGCUACCCCAAAUACCAGAAGUCAUUGCCUCCUCGCUUCCAGCGGCAGCAACAGGAGCAGCUCCUGAAGCAGCAGCAGCAGCAGCAACAGUGGCAGCAGCAGCAACAAGGCACUGCCCCUCCUGCCCCAGUGCCCCCAUCACCACCACAACCUGUGACCCUGGGAGCUGUACCUGCCCCACAAGCACCGCCCCCACCUCCCAAAGCCCUGUACCCAGGUGCUCUGGGCCGGCCCCCACCAAUGCCUCCAAUGAACUUUGACCCCCGCUGGAUGAUGAUUCCUCCUUACGUGGACCCUCGGCUUCUCCAGGGCCGGCCCCCUCUGGACUUCUACCCUCCCGGUGUACAUCCCUCUGGCCUGGUUCCCCGGGAACGCUCAGACAGUGGGGGCUCAAGCUCUGAGCCAUUUGAACGCCAUGCACCCCCUCUGUUGCGGGAAAGGGGCACCCCACCAGUGGACCCCAAAUUGGCCUGGGUAGGAGAUGUCUUUACCACCACACCCACUGAUCCUCGUCCUCUUAACUCACCACUGCGCCAGGCAGCAGAUGAGGAGGAGAAGAGUAUGAGGAGUGAGACUCCUCCAGUGCCCCCGCCCCCACCUUAUCUGGCGAAUUAUCCAGGUUUUCCAGAGAAUGGAACUCCUGGGCCCCCAAUCUCAAGAUUCCCUCUAGAGGAAUCUGCUCCCCCAGGACCCCGCCCACUACCCUGGCCUCCAGGCAAUGAUGAAGCUGCCAAGAUGCAGGCUCCACCGCCCAAGAAGGAACCCCCGAAGGAGGAACCGCCACAGCUGUCUGGGCCGGAAGCAGGCAGAAAGCCUGCCCGUGGAGUUGGAGGUGGAGGCCAAGGCCCACCACCACCACGGAGAGAGAAUCGUACUGAGACUCGCUGGGGCCCCCGACCAGGCAGUUGUCGUCGUGGAAUCCCUCCAGAGGAGCCAGGUGUCCCUCCUCGAAGAGCUGGGCCUAUAAAGAAGCCACCACCGCCCGUGAAAGCAGAGGAGCUGCCUCCUAAGUCCCUAGAACAGGGGGAUGAGACCCCCAAGGUCCCAAAGCCAGAUGCACUCAAGACAGCUAAGGGCAAGGUGGGCCCCAAAGAAACGCCACCAGGUGGAAACCUGUCUCCUGCACCUAGGCUUCGGCGGGACUAUUCCUAUGAAAGAGUAGGUCCUACAUCUUGCCGUGGUCGGGGCAGAGGCGAAUAUUUUGCCAGAGGAAGGGGUUUCCGGGGGACCUAUGGGGGCCGGGGUCGGGGAGCCCGGAGCCGUGAAUUCCGAAGUUACCGAGAAUUCCGAGGAGACGAUGGGCGUGGGGGUGGUUCAGGCGGAACAAACCACCCUUCUGCUCCCCGAGGCCGCACUGCCAGUGAGACACGAAGUGAGGGUUCAGAAUAUGAAGAAAUCCCCAAGAGACGCCGCCAGCGUGGCUCUGAAACAGGCAGUGAGACUCACGAGAGUGACCUGGCCCCCUCUGACAAGGAAGCCCCUCCGCCCAAAGAGGGGGUGCUUGUUCAGGUCCCUCUUGCCCCUGCACAACCAGGAGCUCCCCCAUCGCCAGCCCCAGCCCGAUUCUCCACUGGCCGAGGUGGGCGUGUCUUCACUCCCAGAGGAGUACCAUCACGCCGGGGCCGAGGUGGGGGGCGGCCCCCUCCUGUUUGCUCUGGUUGGAGUCCGCCUGCCAAGUCUCUGGUUCCAAAGAAACCUACAACAGGUUCUUUGCCUCCAAGUAAAGAGCCUUUGAAAGAGAAGCUGAUCUCAGGGCCUCUGUCCCCCAUGUCCCGAGCUGGCAACAUGGGUGUAGGCAUGGAAGACGGGGAGCGACCCCGACGGAGGCGACAUGGCAGGGCUCAGCAGCAGGACAAACCACCUCGUUUCCGAAGGCUAAAACAAGAACGUGAAAACGCUGCCAGAGGAGCUGAUGGCAAGCCCCCUUCCCUAGCCCUUNCAGCCUCUACCCCUGGACCCGAGGAGACACUAACAGCAGCCACAGUUCCCCCACCCCCUCGCCGCACAGCUGCUAAGUCUCCUGAUCUGUCAAACCAGAACUCAGACCAAGCCAAUGAGGAAUGGGAGACUGCAUCAGAGAGCAGCGACUUUGCCAGUGAGCGCCGGGGUGACAAGGAGACUCCCCCAGCAGCACUUAUGACCUCUAAAGCUGUGGGGACUCCUGGGGGCAAUGCAGGUGGGGCUGGACCAGGCAUUUCAACUAUGUCUCGUGGAGACCUGAGCCAACGAGCCAAGGAUUUGAGCAAGCGGAGCUUCUCAAGUCAGCGGCCAGGCAUGGAUCGUCAAAACCGGCGCCCAGGCACUGGGGGCAAGACUGGCAGUGGUGGUGGCAGUAGUGGAGGUGGUGGUGCAGGCCCUGGGGGACGGACCGGCCCAGGACGAGGGGAUAAGAGGAGCUGGCCCUCUCCCAAGAACCGAAGCCGUCCUCCUGAGGAGCGACCUCCAGGACUUCCUCUGCCUCCGCCACCCCCCAGCAGUUCUGCUGUCUUCCGCCUGGACCAAGUUAUCCAUAGCAACCCUGCUGGCAUCCAACAGGCUCUGGCCCAACUUAGCAGCCGCCAAGGAAAUGUAACUGCACCAGGGGGGCACCCAAGGCCUAAGCCUGGGCCUCCCCAAGCCCCCCAGGGCUCCUCCCCUCGGCCCCCAACCCGUUAUGACCCCCCAAGGGCCAGCAGCGCUAUCAGUUCUGACCCCCACUUCGAGGAGCCAGGGCCGAUGGUGAGGGGGGUGGGCGGGACUCCCCGGGACUCUGCCGGGGUUAACCCCUUCCCCCCGAAACGGCGGGAGCGGCCUCCCCGAAAACCGGAGCUGCUGCAGGAGGAAACUGUGCCAGCUUCUCAUAGCUCUGGAUUCUUGGGCUCUAAACCUGAGGUCGUCCCAGGCCCUCAGGAAGAAUCCAGAGAUUCAGGCACAGAGGCCCUAACUCCCCAUAUCUGGAAUCGUUUACAUACUACCACAAGCCGAAAGAGUUACCAGCCUGGCUCCAUCGAGCCCUGGAUGGAGCCCCUGAGUCCCUUUGAGGAUGUGGCAGGCACAGAGAUGAGUCAGUCUGACAGUGGAGUGGACCUGAGUGGAGAUUCUCAGGUGUCAUCAGGUCCCUGCAGUCAGCGAAGUUCCCCUGAUGGAGGACUUAAGGGGUCAGCAGAGGGACCCCCCAAGCGACCUGGAGGACCCUCACCCCUGAAUGCUGUUCCUGGUGAGAGUGUGUCUGGCUCUGAACCCUCUGAACCUCCUAGAAGACGGCCACCUGCUUCCCAUGAAGGGGAAAGAAAGGAGCUGCCUCGGGAGCAACCUCUACCCCCUGGGCCCAUAGGCACAGAACGGUCACAGCGCACAGAUCGAGGCCCAGAGCCAGGCCCUCUCCGACCAGCCCACCGACCGGGCUCUCAAGUUGAGUUUGGCACUAGCAACAAGGACUCAGACUUGUGCCUAGUGGUCGGAGACACUUUAAAAGGAGAGGAGUUCAAGGCUUCUUUUGCAGGCCGUUCCCAUAUCCAGAGACUGGGAGCUGCUCCCUAGUGCUUCUGCUUCAGCUGAGCCACAGCCCAAGAGCCUGGGUUCUGGGCAGUGUGGUCCAGAGCCCAGCCCUUCAGGUCAACGUCUGUACCCUGA